AAAAUUUGAAGAAUACUUCGAACAAACAAACGAUAAAACAGAGCGUAAGAAGAGAAGUGCGAAACGCACCGAAAAAUGGACGACGUUCGAGACUCCGCAGCAGCGUUGACUCCAUCGAAGAGCUCCAACAUCUUCCUGCAAAUCGUCGAACACCUCGACGGCACCAUCUCCCGCCCCUUCGUCCCCACCACCUCCGCCUCCGCUUCCUCCAAGGACGUCCCCCUCAACCCCGCGCACAACACAUGGCUCCGCCUCUACCUCCCCCAUGAGGGAGACGCGGCGGAGGAGGAGGAGAAGGAGGAGGAGAAGCUCCUCCCGAUCAUCCUCUACUUCCACGGCGGCGGCUUCGUCCUCUUCGGCGCCGACUCCGCCAUCUACGACUCCCCCUGCGCGGCCAUGGCCGCCUCCGUCCCUGCCCUCGUCGUCUCCCUCCACUACCGCCUCGCCCCGGAGCACCGCCUCCCCGCCGCCUACGACGACGCCCUCGACGCCCUCCUGUGGCUCCGAUCCCAACCCACGGCCGCCGCCGCGCCGGAGCCGUGGAUCGCGCGGCGCGGGGACUUCUCCCGGUGCUUCGUGAUGGGGAGCAGCUCCGGGGCGAACAUGGCCUACCACGCCGCGCUCCGUUUCGCCGCCGAUGAUUCGGAAACCCUAACCCUAAGGGGGCUGGUGCUGAACCAGCCCUACUUCGGCGGGGCGGAGAGGACGGCGUCGGAAGCGGCGUCGGAGGACGACUUCAUGCUGCCGCUCCGCGCCAAUGACAUGCUCUGGCGGCUUUCCCUCCCCCCCGGGGCAGACAGGGAUCACGAAUUCUGCAACCCCCUCGCCGCGCCGCGGCCGCCGGCUCUAAGGAAGCUGCCCAGGUGCUUUGUGAAAGGGUGCAAGGGGGACCCGUUGAUCGAUAGGCAGCGGGAGUUCGCCCAGUUUCUGGAAGGCGAAGGCGUCGAGGUGGUGGCGAAUCUCGACGACGAAGGGUUCCAUGCGAUCGAGCUCUUCGUCCCGGCCAAGGCCGAGGCCCUGUUUGCCGAGAUCCGUGAAUUCAUUUACGGCGACGCCGCGCUCGCCACCGUCGGCGGCGGAGGUGUGGUGGAAUCGGAGGCUUCUUGAGGAAUCAUAUACUUCAAAUGUGAAGUGUGUGUGGUUUGUUUAUGUGGUGGAUUGAUUGAAGAGCAAUAUUGCCAUGUGAUAUGUUCUCAGGUUUCAUAAUGGUUUAUUGAAACAACUAUCGGAAUUAUUGUUGCAAUUAUAAACGUCAUGUAUAUAGUACACACACACAAACACAAAAAAAGGAAUUAUUGGAAUUAUGAAUUUAUUGAAAAUCAUAAUUA